UUUCACAGUGCCAAUGAGUCGAGAGUGCUCCUCCAUUGCUGAAGUGGACGCGAUUCAAAAGCAAUUGCCAUAAUAAAGUCCGAUUUGGCUUACGGGAUAUAGCCGAUUAUAGACCAACUCGAGUGGUCUAGAGCGUUAAUAAGGUGAAAUAUUAGAUCUGUCGCAGGCCGUGAUUCCCGAAAGGACUUGAACUCAAACCACCAAAAUACCAAUUGUACAAUCAGCAAUAAUACUAACCGACACUGAGGAAGGAUCGCAGGAUUCCGUUUCCAGAUAAGGGAGAACAAAAACCUACAACUACACAGCAACACAAUGGCCUUAAUUAUGAAAUACAUCGACAGCAUAAACAGAUAUAUGGACUCACAUAGUGACUCAAGGACAAAGGACUGGCCCAUGAUGUCGUCCCCGUUCCCCACACUGGCCGUGUGCCUAACAUACGUCUACCUGGUCAAGGUGCUCGGACCCCGAUUAAUGGAGAAUCGAAAGCCCCUGCAUCUGCAGAACACACUAGUCAUCUACAAUGCCAUACAGGUUGUAUUCAGCGCGUGGCUGUUCUAUGAGAUAGGCAUUUCCGGUUGGCUAACUGGACAUUAUAGCUUCCGAUGUCAGCCAGUCGACUAUAGUAAUAAUCCUAGAACGUUAAGGAUGGUUCAUGCCUGCUGGUGGUACUACUUCUCGAAGUUCACCGAAUUCAUGGAUACGAUUUUCUUCGUGUUGCGCAAGAAGACCAGCCAGGUUACAACGCUCCAUGUCAUCCAUCACGGCUGCAUGCCUAUGUCGGUCUGGUUCGGCGUGAAAUUCACCCCAGGUGGCCACAGCACCUUCUUCGGCCUGCUCAACACCUUCGUUCACAUCGUGAUGUACACAUACUAUAUGUUCUCGGCCAUGGGCCCCCAGUACCAGAAGUACCUCUGGUGGAAGAAGUACCUGACCACCCUGCAGAUGGUGCAGUUCAUCCUGAUCAUGGUCCACGCCUUCCAGCUGCUCUUCAUUGACUGCAACUAUCCCAAGGCAUUCGUGUGGUGGAUCGGAAUGCACGCCGUGAUGUUUUUCUUCCUGUUCAACGAGUUCUACAAGGCAGCCUACAAGAGCCGCAUGAUGAAGAAGAACGCAGCAGCAGCUUUGGCGAACGGACACGCGAAACCCAAUGGCUACUGCAAGAGCAUCAACGCCCACGACGACCUGGCCAUGCCCCAGCCAACGGAGGCGGAGGCGGCGACGACGACGCCCCUUACAAAGGCCAACGGAAGCACCACCCCGCUGACCAAUGGCCAUGCGAACGGCCUGGCCAACGGCUACAAGCAGCUGGCCAACGGCAGCACAGCGCACAAGGGGGCGAACGGCAAUUUGGCGACGAACGGAUACGCCGCCAAGCUCCUGGACGAUGCAUCCCAGGAGCUGAAGCAGCGGAAGACGCCGAAAUAAUAUCGGGGCAAAGCGGGGCGGCGCCAGCACAGAGCUUAGAGCGGACCAGAGCGAGGGACGGCAGCGCCAGGAGCUUCCCAGGAGCCAGGACGAUGGAAACGGGGAGCUCCACGAGUCAUUUCCAUAGACAUUCACAAAACUUUUAACUCAUCACACCACAGUCGGCAUACUCCACAGAAGGACCCGAGGACGUAGGCGGGCAGCCUGGGAACUAGAAUACUGAGUAGGCGUUGAUUAGAGAGCUGAGAGCUCCUCGUUCGAAAGGCAAUAAUAAAACUCCCAUUCCGACGCCCACUUCCAUAUCCACUUUACACUUCACACAACCACCAACCACCCACUAUCCACCCACAAAAUUCAUUAAAGCGGACAUAAAAAUAUGCCAAUCGUAUGCAGACCUGCAUACGCAUUGAAGCAUAUCCAAAUGUAUAGGCAUUGCGAAUGCAUAUGCGCCCAUUCGUCUAACACACACUAUAUAUAUUAAAUAUGUUUUGUUGCUUCUUUUUCUUUAAUUACUUUAGUUGUACAAAACUUACCUAUUCUAAGUACCCGAAAGUGGAUUGUAAAAAAAAAACGUAAACUGCGAAAAACUGCAAACCUGCAAGCAUCAGAUUCAACUAAAUGCAAAAUUAAAACAGAAGCCCAGCAUAAACGAUUUAAA